GGCCGGGCUCCGGCGACGCACGGCAACGGGGCUGGAGGCAGCAUGGCCGGCCUGGAGCUGCUCUACGCCUCGCAGGCGCCCGGCCUCUCCCGCCCGCAGGACUCGCUGCUCUGCUUCGUCCACUGGCAGCUGGUCACGCACCAGUACCGCGCGCUGGGCACCGGGGACCAGCCGGGUCCCAAUGAAAGGAAGUCGGAGCUGCUGCCGGCCGGGUGGAACGCCGACAAGGACCUGUACACGCUGCGAUACAGGUCCAUGGACGACCGCCACGAGCUCCUGCUGAAGGCGAUCAUGGUGGACACCAGCAUGAUUCUCAACGUCAUGGAUUGCAGCUCAAAGCAGGUGGCGGAUUUGACCUUGACAGUGGCAGAUUACAUCGACCCGGAGCACUUGGAUGAUUUCCACAGGGUGUACAAGAACGUCGAGGAGCUGCAGACCAGGGUUGUCACAGGCAUCAUCUCUCCGUUGGGGGCUCCCAAAGAGAAGGGCGACCCCAAAAAGGAGCCCAAGCCUGAGAAGCCGGUCCCGCCUGCCUCCACUCAGGAUUAUGACCCCUUAAGGAUUCCUCCCUGGCAGCCUCUCGGUGGCCGGCAGCCAUCCUGGCCUGAUCCCCGGGACCCCUUUUCUGUGGGCGGAGAGGACCUGGACCCCUUUGGGGGCCGGAGGGGCGGUAUGAUCGCUGAUCCACUCCGCUCCGGAUUUCGAAGGCCUCUUAUUGACCCAUCGUCAGGUCUCCCAAACAGGCUUCCUCCUGGGGCCGUUCCACCAGGUGCCAGAUUCGACCCAUUUGGACCAGGGGGCGGCCGUCCUGCCGGGCCAGAUCCAGAUCACCUUCCCCCUCCGGGAUACGACGACAUGUUCAUGUGAGGACGUUCCCGACUCAGACUUCACUGAGAGAGAAGCACCUUUUCCCCACCUUUCCCCUUUUUGGAAGACUCUCUUCAGCAGUAGUUUUCUCCCCGGGCACUAGAGUCUUUCCCUACACUGCAGAUCAGCUUUAAAGGGUUCACUGCAUAUAUAACAGCGGAGAAGGCAGCGUGUGGAUCUCGUCUCUCCGCCUGAUCCCCCGGGGAAAUCCCUAGCCGUUUGUAAUCUAACACCUGUUGAAACAUGACUGCCGUGCGCUAAGAACAGAAAGCUGCUUGGGGUGUGUUAUUCAGAACUGGAACUGCCCUAUGAGAACUGUAUUGAAAAAAUGUCAUUUCCUUUGCUUUCCUUGUAUCGCCUUCUCUGGACUGACGUGAUGUGUGCUCUGGGGUUUACUCAGCUGUUUGUUGCUAGAGAGAAACAUUCACUCCCCACCACCUGUCUGGUAACGACUCGGUCUUGACGAGCUUGCCGGUGCAGAGUCCCCCAUUCCAUUCUUGCUCCCAGCUGGCCACGUGUACGUCUCAGACAGGCCUGGCCUAGAGCGCAGUGAGCUCCUGAGGCGUUGCUGCAGGAAGCUGCAGUGUGAGCAGGGCUUGUAAAGGCAUCUGUGGUUUCUCCUCUGCUCUGUGCUCACCUUGGCCCUUCAACUGCCAGUUGAGUAACGGGUUAGGAAGGGCUGAAUGGGGCAAUGGAUUAAUUCUUCCAAUUUCUGCCUCUAGAGCAACAUGGCCAGAUCCUCAGCUGGUGUAGCUAGACCUACUUGCAUUGGCUUCAGUGGGGCUACAUUGAUUUAUACCCGCUGAGCAUCUGGCCCCUAGAUCUAAAGACACCAACAUGCAAUCUAGUCAAUUAAAAAAAAAAGUCACCAUUAGUUUCAGAUCCUGCCCCUGCAUCUCCCUUGCUGGUUUGUGAGGUUCUUAUGACCACGUGUCUGUUUUUAAGUCUCUCUCCCCUGUUGCUGAGAGGGAAUCUUACACAGACAUCGGGAAGAUGGCAUUGACUGUAUCCCAAGUGCUGUCAAACGCACAAAGGGAACUAGCUGGGGACAUGCAUAAAGAUGGAGAAUGUUUUUUCUCCGCCCGUGCUCAGUCGAAUCUGGAAUAACUCCGUUUGUCUUGGUGGAGUCCCUGUGUGCCAAAAUUACAUUGGAGUAGCUGAGAUCAGGUUGAGUUUCUGGGUGGGGUGAUGUAAGAAUGAGGGGGGGGUCGUUUAGAGCUGUUGUGCUUUGACUUCCCUUGUGUUUUACAGGAGGGAUUUUUCAGGUGGCUGUUCUUCGUUUCGUUAAUUCAGUCACACCAGGCUAGUAUGUUAACAGGACAGUUCCAGUCCUCUGCCGAUCCUGUCCAGUCGAAUUCAGUGGUGUCAGUUUUCCAAAGUGACUACUGAUUUGGGGUGCCGCUGUGUCUGAGGUGCCUUAGAGGGGCCUGAUUUCAGAGGGCAGGUACCAAGCACAGUCUGAAAAUCCUGCCCUGUUGCAGGAUCAUUAUGCUGGGACCCAGCGUUGUUAGUUACUUUUGAAAAUUUAAGUGACUGAUUCUCCUGAUGCUUCUCUUGGUUUGAAUUUUUUUUAAAGGAUCUGAUAACUAAAAUAAAAACUGGGUGCACUGCU